UUUUUCUCCUCAGGUCUGGCACCAAAGAAAGCAGCCAUCACUGAGGGACCAUCGCUUCCAGGACAGCCUGGCCAAGGAAAGAAGAUAGGUCAUCGAGGCGUUGAUGCUUCUGGUGAAACCACUUACAAAAAGACCACUUCAUCCACUCUGAAGGGGGCCAUCCAGCUAGGGAUCGGAUAUACCGUCGGCAAUCUGAGCUCCAAGCCGGAGAGAGAUGUCCUGAUGCAGGACUUCUACGUGGUGGAGAGCAUUUUUUUCCCAAGUGAAGGAAGUAAUCUUACCCCAGCUCACCAUUACGCUGACUUCAGGUUCAAAACCUAUGCACCAGUGGCUUUUCGGUACUUCCGAGAACUCUUUGGGAUUCGUCCAGAUGAUUAUUUGUAUUCAUUAUGUAACGAGCCUCUGAUAGAGCUGUCGAACCCUGGUGCCAGUGGCUCUCUCUUCUAUGUCACCAGCGAUGAUGAAUUCAUCAUAAAAACUGUGAUGCACAAGGAAGCUGAAUUCCUCCAGAAGCUCCUUCCUGGCUACUACAUGAACCUGAACCAGAAUCCACGGACGCUGCUGCCAAAGUUUUAUGGACUGUACUGUGUGCAAUCAGGGGGCAAAAAUAUCCGCGUGGUUGUGAUGAACAACAUUCUGCCUCGUGUGGUGAAAAUGCACCUGAAAUUUGACCUGAAAGGCUCAACCUAUAAGCGCCGGGCAUCCAAGAAGGAAAAAGAAAAGUCCAGCCCCACAUACAAAGACCUCGACUUCAUACAAGACAUGCCCGAGGGCCUGAUGUUGGAUGCGGACACCUUCAGUGCGUUGGUGAAGACAUUGCAGCGAGACUGUCUGGUGUUGGAAAGUUUUAAAAUCAUGGACUACAGCCUCCUGCUCGGGGUUCAUAACAUAGACCAGCAAGAACGGGAGCGGCAGUCCGAGGGAGCCCACAGCACGUCGGAUGAGAAGCGCCCCGUGGGGCAGAAGGCACUUUACUCCACGGCCAUGGAGUCCAUCCAGGGGGGGGCUGCCCGGGGGGAGUCCAUAGACACAGAUGACACGAUGGGAGGAAUCCCAGCAGUGAAUGGCAAAGGAGAGCGUCUCCUGCUCCAUGUAGGAAUAAUAGAUAUUCUUCAGUCAUACAGGUUCAUCAAGAAGCUGGAACAUACCUGGAAGGCCCUUGUCCAUGAUGGGGACACAGUGUCAGUACACAGGCCCAGCUUUUAUGCAGAGAGAUUCUUCAAAUUCAUGACCAACACGGUGUUUCGAAAAAAUUCCUCUCUGAAGUCAUCUCCCUCAAAGAAAGGGCGUAGUGCCUUGCUAGCUGUCAAGAUGCCUGGUCCAACAGCCGCGUUCUCAGCUAGCCAGCUCCCCUCUGAAAAGGACGAAACGCAGUACGAUCUCCGUGCAGCCAGGAGCUACCCCACCCUUGAUGAUGAAGGCAGGCCAGACCUGCUCCCCUGCACACCUCCUUCCUUUGAAGAAGCUACCACGGCCUCCAUAGCCACAACACUCUCUUCAACAUCUCUCUCUGUUCCUGAGCGAUCCCCCUCGGAGACAUCUGAGCAGCCCAGGUACAGGAGGCGCACACACUCCUCAGGGCAGGAUGGCAGGUCACACGAGGAGGUGCGGGUUGAAGAGGAGCUUCAGCAGAUCAGCGUAGAGCUGGAACCCAAGUGUGAUGUUGAGAUCGUAGCUCCUGAAGAAGACGACAAAGAAGAGGCGGCUUCUUCAGCCUGUGCCAUUGGAACAUCCACGGCUACGAUAGAGGUGGAGACGGCCAGCCAGGCCUCUGAACCAGCCAGCCAGGCCUCGGAUGAAGAUGAUGUGCCAGUCACAGACAUUUACUUUUUCACAGAUGGGAGGUACUGGAUUUACUCCCCCCGUCAGCGCAGACUCCGAACCACCUCGCUUUCCUCGGGGACUCCGACAGACGAGAGGAGUUGGGUUUACUCCCCGCUCCACUAUAGCGCUCAGCUCCACUCUGUCUCCGAUGAGGAGAGCGAUACAUAAUCUCUAUGCAGACACAGAAGCCCCAGAGAGCAGCGAUUCCCUCUGCAGGUCGAUGUGUUCCCUUUUCGUUGAUGCAGCCGUUCCAGUGGGAUGGGGAAGAGCUUGCCGACACCAGUAUUGCUGCACUGCAGGAUCCCGGGCACUGCAUUUCAGAACGGAGCAAAACUAUAAGCAUCUAUUUCUACUUACCCCAGAUGUGGGCAGCAAAGAAACCACCCACUCACCCACAGCUCCCAACGGAGACAUCCAGCUGGGUGUAGAGAAUCCUGGGUAGUAACACAGUGUUUUCCAGAUGUGCACUACCGUAGCUACCUAUCCAUGUGUAAUACUGUGAACCUUUUUAAUUUUUUAAUCAUGUAUUUAUUUCUUUUAUCUUUGCACAGAGACAGCACAAAUGUGCUUUUUUAAACAUUUAGUUUACUGCACUUUUUUUUUUUUUUUUUUUUUUUGGUUGUCAUAUGUUUGUGCAUCAGAAAGGAGUGUGAGACCUCACUGGAGAAUUGGUAGGAGCACGUUGCUGGGGAGGGCAGGGACCGGAGGCAGCAGCGUGGUCUGACCAACUGAUGGAGUCGGGAGGUGUAAGGCUGUCCAGGCUCUGCCACGGUUUUGCCGAGUGACCUAAGGCAAGUCACUUAACCACUCUGUGCCUCGGUUCCCCUGUGCUGAUGGGUGUGCAGUUCCCACUUCCGUUCAAGCACUUAAAGCCUGGGAUGAAAGGUGCUAUGUAAAUGCCAUGUAUUAAAGGCCAUUGAGUAGAA